CGGGGCGGGUCCGUGCGCGCCGCCAUGCCCGCCGCCGCCGCGCCGCCCGCCCGCCCCGGCGCGGCCGCCCCGCCGAGGCGCGGGGCGCUGCGGGCCCGCUGACCGCGACCCCCGAGGGCUCCCCGCGGCCAUGGCGCCCGCCUGGCCCUGGCUGCUGCUGUGGCUGGGGGCUCUGCGCGCCCUCCCGGCCCCGCCGCGCAUCCGGCUGCCGCUGCGGGGCGGCGCGGCCCCGCCGUCGGGGCUCCGGCAGCGCCGGGCGCCGCUGGACACCGAGCCCGACAGCGCCGGCAGCUUCGUGGAGAUGAUCGACAACCUGCGGGGCAAGUCCGGGCAGGGGUACUACGUGGAGAUGACGGUGGGCAGCCCCCCGCAGAAGCUGAACAUCCUGGUGGACACAGGGAGCAGUAACUUUGCUGUGGGAGCUGCACCACACCCCUUCCUCCGGAGAUACUACCAGCGGCAGCUGUCCAGCACCUACCGCGACCUGCGGAAGGGGGUGUACGUGCCCUACACCCAGGGCAAGUGGGAAGGGGAGCUGGGCACUGACCUUGUCACCAUCCCCCACGGCCCCAACGUCACUGUCAGAGCCAACAUCGCUGCCAUCACCGAGUCAGACAAAUUCUUCAUCAACGGCUCCAACUGGGAAGGGAUCCUGGGGCUGGCGUAUGCCGAGAUUGCCCGGCCUGACGACAGCCUGGAGCCCUUCUUUGACUCCCUGGUGAAGCAGACACGGGUGCCCAACAUCUUCUCCCUGCAGCUGUGCGGGACAGGCUUCUCUCCCAACGAGACAGAGGCCGUGGCCUCGGUGGGAGGCAGCAUGAUCAUCGGUGGCAUCGACCGCUCGCUGUACGUGGGUGACAUCUGGUACACGCCCAUCCGCAAGGAGUGGUACUACGAGGUCAUCAUCGUCAAGCUGGAGGUCAACGGGCAGGACCUGAACAUGGACUGCAAAGAGUAUAACUACGACAAGAGCAUUGUGGACAGUGGGACCACCAACCUCAGGCUGCCAAAGAAGGUGUUUGAAGCUGCGGUGAAAUCCAUCAAAACAGCAUCUUCGACAGAGAAGUUCCCAGACGGCUUCUGGCUGGGGGAGCAGCUGGUUUGCUGGCAGGUCGGCACCACCCCCUGGCACAUCUUCCCGGUGCUGUCCCUCUACCUGAUGGGGGAGGCCACCAACCAGUCCUUCCGCAUCACCAUCCUGCCCCAGCAAUACCUGCGGCCGGUGGAGGACGUGGCCACCUCUCAGGACGACUGCUACAAGUUCGCCAUCUCCCAGUCCUCCACCGGCACCGUCAUGGGCGCCGUCAUCAUGGAGGGCUUCUACGUGGUGUUCGACCGCGCCCGCAAGCGCAUCGGCUUCGCCGUCAGCGCCUGCCACGUGCACGACGAGUUCCGCACGGCCGCGGUGGACGGGCCCCACCUGCACUCCAACAUGGAGGACUGCGGCUACAACAUCCCGCAGACGGACGAGUCCACGCUGAUGACCAUCGCCUACGUGAUGGCGGCCAUCUGCGCCCUCUUCAUGCUGCCCCUCUGCCUCAUGGUGUUCCAGUGGCGCUGCUUCCGCUGCCUGCGGCGGGACCACGACGACUUCGCCGACGACAUCUCCUUGCUGAAGUGAGGGCGCAGCCCCGGGGCCGCAGCGUGUCACUGGUAGCGCAGCUGCGCGUUGAGAGCGUGUACAGAGCCGGUCCCACGUGUACAGACCACGGCUGCCUCUCACCUGUACAAUACAUCCAUAUAUCUCUAUUUUUAAUUCCAGCCCUGAAAGCCACUGUUCCAACAUUAGGGGUCAGUCCUGUUUUGUUUUGGGGGUUUUUUUAAUCUUUUUAGCCUUCUGCUCAGUCGUCGGCCACCAUGGCCACCGCGCAGGGCCAGGGCUCACGCCGGCCGCGCGUUUGGUGGGAGCACGUGGUGGUGAGGGGGUCCCAGCAGGGUUGGGGAGGGGGUGCAGGGCUGGAGCACGCACAGCAGUGGCUCACAAGCCCAAAGGACCCCGAGCACAGGAGGCACCUCUGUCCUGGUGGUGUUCCUGCAGCACGGGGAGGAUUUUGCAGUGUGUGAGGACAGCCCCUCCUCCCCGAGCUGAGGGAUCCCGUCCCUUCCCCUGAGCAGACACCUGUGACCGUGCAGGCAGUGGUAGUGCUGUGUUCCCUUGCUUUUCUGCCUCCAGUCUGGAAAGGAAAGAGCUCAAACGCAGAGAUUCCACAAUUAAAAGGCAUCACUCCCCCACGAGCAAAGAGGGGAUACCUGCAGUGCCAGGGCUGAGCUGGCGGCUGCCCCGCAGAGCCACGGGGUCAGGCAGGGACAGACUGAGGACCCAGAGCAAUCCCCGAGCACAAAGCUUGUUAACUAAAUCCUGCAGCCAAACGUUUCUUUGGGAGAGCAGCGAGGGCACCAGGAAAUGCAGGCAGCAUAGACCAGCCAGCCCUCGCGUGGGGCACUGCCACAACAGCCCCCACACUGCCCCUGCUCACCCCUGCCCACAGAGCCCCGGCCCCAAAUCCGCCCCAAACCCACAUCCAGCCCCUCCCUGCAAGAGGGCGACGUUCUCCCCCCACCCUCGUGCCUGCCCAGGACCCCAGAGACUCUGUUGUGGACCACUGCCUUAAAGCACGCCCCGAGCGUGUGCGUGCGCGCCGCAGGAGCCGGCCCGCGGCGGGUUCAGCACCCAGGGGUGCCCCCUGCCCUCCCGGGGCGCCGGGGCCGCCUGCCGUGCCGAGCUCCUGCCGCCGACCGCGAGGAACGGGGUGGGGGAGGUUUUUAGAGAGUCAUUGCAAGAUUUUCAGUGGUGCUGAGCACCCCGCAAUCCCACCGAAAUCCGUGGAGGAAGGGUCGGUGUGUCAGCCCGUGCUUCGGGAGGAAGUACAGGAGAGGGGAACGCAGGAGUUUUGAUUUUUCCUGAGCUGCAGCGCAGCCGAACCGUCCGCUCCCUCCCCAGGGCCCGGUGACAGCAGGGGAGGGGACAGGAUGGGACCACGGGCUGUCGCUGGAGGCUCCAGUACUCUGUAACCCAGUGUCUAUGUAAGAACAAUGAAUGUUAACACGGUAAAUUAUUAUGACAUUAAAAAA